UGAGUAGUAUAGCGAGCAAUACAACACUGCCGGGAAAGAAACAACAGUACACUCUGGCAGCAGGGAAAAGAAACAACAGUACACUCAGGCAGCAGGGUAAAGAAACGGGAGACAGUCAAAUUACCACCUGUCGGGAUUCCGGCGGUCACAACAGUACACUCUGGCAGCAGGAUUUCUCACAAUGGAUAAUUUCUGUUCAUCUCAUCAUUUUGUUUUCAUCGUGGCACUUUUUGGCCUGCCAACAAUGGCUUUGGACGCCUGUCUUCAAGAACAGCUGAGGCUGAAGGCCCAAGUCAGACUUCUUGAGCACCAAACAAAACUGCAGCAAAUAAAAAUUGAGAAUCUGUUACAAGAAAAGGAGCUUCAGCUCAUGGACCGAGGAGAUGAGAUUGUAGUUAUCGAUCUUCCAGAUAGAAGAACCUAUGCAGACUGUGGUGAAAUUUACAAUCAAGGACACAUACAGAGUGGUAUAUACAAAAUAAGACCUCUGCAGAGCAAUGCUUCAUUCUCUGCAUACUGUGACAUGUCAGAGGGAGGAGGCUGGACCAUCUUCCAGAGACGUUCUGAUGGAAGCCAAAAUUUCUACAGGAACUGGACUGACUAUAAACAAGGAUUUGGUGAUUUCAUUACAGCAAAGGGAGAAUACUGGCUUGGGAAUGACAACUUGCAUUACCUGACAUCACAAGAUGACUACAUUCUUAGAAUUGACCUUGUGGAUUUUGAAGGACAAAGGAGAUUUGCUGACUAUAAAAGCUUCAGAGUUGGUGAUGAAGAGAGCGCUUACCAGAUAAGCUGUGGAGAGUACUCUGGUACAGCCGGAGACUCACUUACUGGAGGUUUCAACCCAGAAGUUCAGUGGUGGGCAAACCACAACGGCAUGAAAUUCAGUACCCAGGACAGAGACAAUGAUAACUAUGAGGAGAAUUGUGCUGUGGAGGAUAAAGGAGGAUGGUGGUAUAACAGGUGUCACUCUGCCAACCUAAAUGGCUUGUACUACAAUGGACCUUAUACAUCCAAAACAGAUGACGGGAUUGUUUGGUACACCUGGCACGGAUGGUGGUAUUCCCUCAAAUAUGUCGCCAUGAAGAUUAGGUCUGCAAGCUUUGUGUCAAAUCUUGUUUAAGUGGAUUUAAUAACCUUUGCUUUUCCCGAGAUUUACACAGCAGCACGGUCAUAAUGUGGAAUCAGUGCAUAGAUUUAUACUGUCUGUUAUUUUUAACCAGAGGUCAUUAAAGGUUGUUUAGUACCCUCAA